CAUGAACACACCUGUACGCCUGAUUACAAUGUUUUAGCUCAGUAGCCGAGUAACUGUUGUGAAAGAAGCAGAGAAGGAGACGUUAUUCAACACACACCCAAACAUCCAGGUCUUUCCAGAAUUCAAGAAAUGUCUACUUCGACCCUGAUUUGUUUCAAUGACGAUGUAAUGGCUUCGACCUUUAGCCUCCUGUCGAAGAAGCACUUCCUGUGUUCGCUGUGUGAGGACAUCUUCAGCAAUCCGGUCACCACGCCCUGUGGCCACAGCUUCUGUAAAGUGUGUCUGCACAAAUACUGGAGCCGGUCCCGUACGAGAAAAUGUCCUCUCUGCAGAAAGUCCUUCGUCUCCAAACCUCACCUCAACGUGAACCGUAUACUGGCGGACGUCACGGAGCAUUACAGGAAAUCACGGCUAGACGGAAAAACCAAAUCCGUCAGCGUGGGCGGUCUGUUGAAUGUUGCUGUAGAGAAAUCCGAUGCAGAGGUGGAGCACAUGAUCCAAGAGAGGAUUCAGAAAAUGGAUAAACUCAAGCAGUCGCUUAAACUCCUAAACAGCUCGUGUCUGCGGGAGGUGCAGGAGAGUCAUAGGGUGUUCUCUGCCCUCCUCAGCUCCGUGGAGGUGGCCCACAAAGCGGUGGUGGCGGAGGUUGAGGAGAAACAGCAGGAGGCGGAGAAACGAGUGGACCGACUCGUGAAGGAGCUGGAGAAAGAGAUUGCUGAUCUGAAAAGUGGACAGACCACACCAGAGGAUCUUCUAGAUGGCAAGGAGUAUCUUAGAAAGAGUUUCAUUCAUUUACCCAGAGAGAUGAAGGACUGGUCAAAGGUCACACUAGAGACCGACCCGUGUGUGGGGUUCACCAGGAAAGCUGUCAGCGAUUUUAUCGACGCUGUCAGGACGGAGGCUAACAAACUCUCUACAGCAGAGCUGAAGAGGCUGCAGAUAUACACAGUGGAGCUCAGACUGAACCAUCGCACGGCUCACGCCAGCCUCUCCAUCUCGGAUGACAGGAAGCAGGUCAGACACACUGGCAAGCAGCAGGAGGUCCCGGAAAAUCCCAAAAGGUUUGACCGUGUGACCAACGUGAUGUCCAAGGAAGCCCUCCUCUCAGGUAGACAUUACUGGGAAGUGGAAGUAGGAGACAAGACAGACUGGGACCUCGGCUUGGCCAGGCACUCUGUUAACAGGAAGGGGAAAUUUACCAUCAGCCCUGCAAACGGCUUCUGGACGCUCAGCCUGAGGAACGGAAAUCAGUACACGGCCAACACGCUGCCACUGACCUGUCUGCCACUCAACUCCAAACCCAGAAAGGUGGGCGUUUAUCUGGACUACGAGGAGGGGCGUGUGUCCUUCUUCUGUCCUGACUCAGGGAUUCAUAUCUACACGUUUACAGACAAGUUUACUGAAAGGCUUCAUCCCAUUUUUAAUCCCGGAAAACCGCAUGGAAGCAAAAACGCUGCGCCGCUCAUCAUCGUCACCGACUGCUGCACCAUCUAAACCGGCCUAAAUUUUUUUGCAUUUAGAAGAUUUAAUUUAUUUUAUUAUAGUGUGUACAUAAAUGUUUGUACUUUGAUUAUAUAACUGGUAUUUUAUUAAAUAAAUACACACAUGCUAUGCUGUAACAGA